AUACUUUUAGGUAAGCCUUGAGCCAGAUCAUUUUGAAGCAUGGAACAAUUUAUCAUCGGCAUAUAUCAAGUUAGGCCAGAAAGAAAGAGCUAGAAAGAUUUUGCAGGAGGCGUUAAAGUUCAACUUCGAGCAUCCGAAAGUAUGGGAGAAUUUCCUACUUCUUUGUGUCGACACUGCUCAAUUCGAUCAGGCAAUAAACGCAUUUCACCGGCUACUCGAUCUGAAUAAGCAACAAAAGGAUGACGAAGUUUUGGAUAUCCUCACGUCGAACGUUUUACAUAUGUUCAAAGAGGCGGACGACGAUGUUUCAAAAGAUCAAGCAGCGCAGCUUAAAGGGAAGCUUUUGAAACUCUUUGGUAGGCUUAGUGCCUCGCAGACGUUAUCAUCGAAGAAUUGGAGUAAAGACUUUGAAACAUGCUGUUCUGUGCUUUCCAAAGCCGUCGAACUGGCGAAUGAGCGUCUUCGAUUCGCUUCUUUGAAAGGAGAGGCCGCAGUUAACCAGGCCAAAUCUCGUGUGAGGAUGUCACUAAAACCACUUAUUACCGUUGUCAGAAAAGAGUACGAAAAACAAGGAAACGAACAUGUGGAUGAAAUUACGCUAAAAGUCGCCGAAUGUUUGGCGGUAGCUGAUGCAAUUCUAUUGACAGUCUCGAGUUAA